AUGAGUGACGACGAAGUUGCUGCAUUAGUUGUGGACAAUGGAUCCGGCAUGUGCAAGGCAGGUUUCGCUGGGGACGAUGCCCCAAGAGCUGUGUUCCCUUCCAUCGUUGGCAGGCCCAGACAUCAGGGGGUGAUGGUUGGAAUGGGUCAGAAGGACAGUUACGUGGGCGAUGAGGCCCAAUCAAAGAGAGGAAUCCUGACCCUCAAGUAUCCAAUCGAACACGGCAUCGUCACCAACUGGGACGACAUGGAGAAGAUCUGGCAUCAUACCUUCUAUAACGAGCUUCGAGUGGCGCCUGAGGAGCACCCGGUCCUUCUCACCGAAGCUCCACUGAACCCCAAGGCUAACAGAGAAAAGAUGACCCAAAUCAUGUUUGAGACUUUCAACUGUCCAGCCAUGUACGUGUCCAUCCAAGCAGUGCUGUCUCUGUAUGCCUCAGGCCGAACUACAGGUAUCGUGCUGGAUUCCGGUGAUGGUGUCUCACACACAGUGCCUAUCUACGAAGGGUAUGCCUUGCCACACGCCAUCAUGCGACUGGACUUGGCUGGUCGCGAUCUCACAGAUUACUUGAUGAAGAUUCUAACUGAGAGAGGCUACAGCUUCACCACAACUGCUGAAAGAGAAAUCGUCCGUGAUAUCAAAGAGAAGCUCUGCUACGUGGCUCUGGACUAUGAAAACGAAAUGCAGACAGCAGCUUCAUCGUCAAGCCUGGAAAAGAGUUAUGAGCUUCCAGACGGCCAGGUCAUCACCAUUGGCAACGAACGUUUCCGUACUCCGGAAGCUUUGUUCCAGCCUAACUUUUUGGGCAUGGAGUCUGUUGGUCUUCAUGAAACUACAUAUAACUCCAUUAUGAAGUGCGAUGUUGAUAUCAGAAAGGAUUUGUACGCGAACACAGUCUUGUCUGGCGGAACCACCAUGUAUCCCGGAAUUGCUGAUCGCAUGCAGAAGGAGAUAACUUCGUUAGCUCCAAGUUCAAUGAAAAUUAAGGUGAUUGCUCCCCCUGAGAGAAAGUACUCUGUAUGGAUUGGUGGGUCCAUUUUGGCUUCGUUGUCAACAUUCCAACAAAUGUGGAUCUCUAAACAGGAAUACGACGAGUCUGGGCCUUCUAUUGUACACAGGAAAUGCUUCUAA